AUGGCUAGUCGUCUGCUACAUUCAUCCAUAAAAUCCUUAAACAAGUCGAUGUUGGCAAGAUGGGGAAAGCAUCUGUCAUCUUUACCUUCUGACCAAUUCGAUGUUGUCAUCGCUGGUGGUGGUAUUAUGGGCUUGACAACAGCAUACUUUUUAGCCAAGCGUAUCGAUCCAACCAAGAUAUGUGUUAUCGAGAGAGAUAAUAAGUAUGAAAAGGCCUCUACACCACUUUCUUGUGGCUCGAUACGCCAGCAAUUUUCCGUUCCUGAAAAUAUAAUGAUGUCCAAAUUUGGUUACGAUUUUAUUUCGAAAUGUAAUCAAUAUCUGAAAGUGGAAGACGAUGAUGAUCUUGAUAUCCAAUUUCGUAACGCCCCUUACGUCUAUCUCGUUGAUGAGAAUCGAGAGAAAUUAUUGCGUGAAAACUAUGAUGUUCAACGUUCCAUGGGAGCUGCAGUCAAACUAUUAUCCAAAAAGGAAUUAUCGCAAAUAUUUCCAUGGAUAAAUACGGAUGGUAUUGCUAUUGCUUCUCUAGGUCUCGAAAAUGAAGGUUCUUUUGAUCCCUAUUCAUUUUUACAAUGCAUGAGAAAAAAAGUUGUGGCAAUGUCAGUUCGAUAUUUGAAUGGAGAAGUUGUUGAUAUCAUGCGAAACCAGAAGGAAAUUGCAGGAAUCGAGGUGAAAAUGAACGAAGACAAUCACAAAGAAUCAAUAAAAUGUCGUUACUUAGUUAAUGCUUGUGGCCCAUGGGCUGGCCACAUUGCUUCAAUGGCUGGUAUCGGAAGUGAGAAAGAUGGAUUAAUGUCUGUAUCUUUGCCAGUUCAGCCAGCCAAAAGGUACGUGUACGUUUAUGAUUGUCCUACUGGACCAAAGUCAACGCCCGCAGUUACUGUUGAUUCAUCUGGCACAUAUUUCCGGCGUGAAUGUUCUGGCUACUAUAUAUGUGGACGUAGUCCAAGCGCUGAGCAAGAGCCGAAAUGCGAUAAUUUGGACUGCGAUUUCGAGUAUUUCUACGAUGAACUGUGGGAAUUCCUUGCUCAACGCGUACCAGCAUUUGAAUCUCUUAAGAUUGUUGGUGGUUGGGGUGGUUUCUACGAUUACAACACUGUAGACCAGAACGCUAUUAUUGGUGCUCAUCCUGUAUUGCAAAAUUUCUACUUUAUCAACGGAUUUAGUGGCCAUGGUAUUCAACAAAGCCCUGCCGCUGGACGUGCCAUUAGCGAAUUAAUUAUAGAUGGAAAAUUUACUUCCAUAGACCUAACGAGACUCGGAUUUGAUAGAAUUCUAAAGAAUUCACCAUUGAAUGAAACGAAUGUAAUUUAA